UGGAAGAAAUGGCAAAGUUUUGGAGGGGAACACAAGAACAACUUUUAUUUGCCCUCUGAUGAUCACACACUGACCACCGAUGCACUCAGUCGGUUAAGGAAUAUUAUUACGAACCGGCGGGUGUCCGCCAACCGACCAGCCGCACGAUGAGCACUUCGAUCGGCGAUAAGAUUGAGGAUUUUAAGGUCCUCACCCUCCUUGGUAAAGGCUCCUUUGCUUGUGUUUACCGGGCAAAAUCAGUGAAGACUGGUCUGGAGGUUGCUAUCAAAACGAUUGACAAAAAAGCAAUGCACAAAGCCGGGAUGGUCCAGCGUGUGAUCAACGAGGUGGAGAUCCAGUGCCGGUUGAAGCAUCCUUCUAUACUCGAGCUGUACAACUACUUUGAGGACAGCAACUAUGUGUACUUGGUGUUGGAGAUGUGCCACAGUGGGGAGAUGAGUCGGCACCUCAAAGAGCGGGAGAUGCCUUUCUCCGAGGAUGAAGCGAGACAUUUCAUGCAUCAGAUCGUGAAAGGAAUGCUGUAUUUACACACCCACGGCAUCUUGCAUCGAGAUCUGACGUUGUCGAACCUUUUGCUGUCGAGCAACAUUAACAUUAAGAUCGCGGACUUCGGCCUGGCCACUCAGCUCAAACUCCCCAAUGAAAAGCACUUCACCAUGUGCGGGACGCCGAACUACAUCUCUCCGGAGGUGGCCACUCGGAGCGCUCAUGGUCUGGAAUCCGACGUCUGGUCCCUGGGGUGCAUGUUCUACGCCUUUCUGAUGGGCUACCCUCCGUUUGACACCGACACAGUCAAACACACGCUGUCGAAAGUGGUUCUUGGGGAGUAUGAGAUGCCGAGCCAUGUUUCUCGAGAGGCUCAGGACCUGAUCCAUCACCUGCUGCAGAGGGACCCCGCUCAUCGGCCCAGCCUCUCCGCCGUGCUGGACCACCCGUUCAUGACCCAGAACCGUCUGGUUCGGACCAAGGAGCUGGGGCUGAGGGACGAAGGCUCCAUGGACAGCGGCAUCGCCACCAUCUCCACGGGAUGCACCUCCUCCAACUCGGCCAGCAGCAACAGCCGCCUCCAGAGGAGAACCAGGCACGUGAUUGGCUCCGCCCUGCCCAACCGGAUGGCCCCUAUUCCAACUCUUCCACGCCAGCCCGGCCACGCCCGUUUUGAAGACGGAGACGAGUGGCGGCAGCAUCCGGCCGACAGAUUUCACAGAGAGGGGAGGAGCAGGGGGGGUCACGGUGGAGACGGCGGGCCGCCGCAAUCUCGCCACCUGAGAAGGGCUCACUCGUCAGAUCGCUCCGGCUCAUCUGCCACGGGGUCGAGUCCCGCCGAGCUGGCGAGAUGCCACUCGGAGGAGACUCUCACCGCUCUAGAAAGACCGGUCUUUCCAAUGUCCUCCACUCAGCAUCCAUUUUCAGAGCACGGAAAGCCCCCAUCACAAAAUCCGGGGUAUUUGUUCUCCACACAGACUGCACAUCCACCAAACUUGCAAUUUCAAGACCGGGAGGGAGUUACUAAUUGGCUCAAUAACGAAGGUUCUGGCCAGAGGCCCGCGGACGGCAGCACUCACAGCAGCAGCGGCAGCUUCCAUAGCAGCAGAGGUCCUUUAGGGGUUCACAACUCCUGGACAGACAAGCCCAUGAGCCGAGGCGUGAACCCUCUCCACAACCAGCACUCCAACUCUGACUCGUACAGGGAAAAUAUCCCCGCGGCGGAGUUCCCACCUCCUCACGGCCGAGAGUCGAAGCUCCCUUCAGCCAAAGCCAGUGUGGACGCCGAGAAGAAAACGCUGAGAGACAUCGUCCCGCCGCUGUGCGCCUCCAGACUGAAGGCUAUCAGGCAGAAGACUAAAAACGCUGUGGUGAGCGUCCUGGACACGGGGGAAGUGUGUAUGGAGUUGUUAAGAAGCCACAGCAGUCACGAGAGGGUCAAAGAAGUCCUGCGGAUUUCCGGUGAUGGUUUGAUGGUGACGAUAUACCAGCCCAAUGGUGGGAAGGGGCUGCCUGUCCUGGACUGUCCUCCUGCCCUUCCAGAAGAUAUUCUGAUCUGCAGCUAUGGGGACCUUCCAGAGAAAUACUGGAAGAAGUACCAAUACGCCUCCAGGUUUGUGCAGCUGGUGAAAUCCAAGACUCCUAAAGUGACACUUUACACCAAGUAUGCAAAAGUCAUGCUGAUGGAGAACUCUCCCAACGCAGACCUGGAGGUUUGCUUUUAUGACGGAGCGAAGACUCACAAGACGACAGAGCUGCUGCGAGUGGUGGAGAAGAGCGGGAAGUCGUACACCGUGAAGGGCGAGGUGGGGCUGAGCGGCCUGAGCCCGGAGAGCAGGCUGUACGUGGAGAUGUCCGACGAGGGCCACGGUAUGUGUCUGUCCCUGGAGGCCGCCAUCGCGGCCGAGGAGCAGCGCCACACCAAGAAGGUCCCCUUCUUCCCCAUCACUCUUGGCAGGCGACCCGACUCCCCGUGCUCGACGUCCCUGCCCUCCCGCCCGGUGCCUCCGGAUACAGCGGCACCUCCUCAACCUCCCAAAAUCACUCCUUCGAUGAUCUCCUACAACGGGUCAGAUUUGACCACAGCCAGCCUGAGUAAGAGAACCUCCCCGUUGCGACAGGACACGGGGAAAGUGGUUAAGUCCAUAUUUGUGCCCAAUGUUGGAUGGGCCUCCCAGCUGACGAGCGGAGAGGUGUGGGUGCAGUUCAACGACGGGUCCCAGCUGGUGGUCCAGGCUGGAGUUUCCUGCAUCACCUACACAUCUCCAGAGGGGAGGAUCACCAGGUACAAGGACAACGAGAAGUUGCCAGAGUACGUCAAGGAGAAGCUGCACUGUCUGUCCACCAUCUUGGGUCUGCUGGCAAACCCCCGACACAUCACCGACGACCGCAUUAACACGACGUCCCGGCAGCACCGGGAACCGGCAGGGGUCACAAAGUAGCUUCAGAAACCUCUGUUUUGUCUUUUGUGCUUGUAAAUAUGUGUAUGUUUUUGUACGUGUACAGAAGACUAAGAUUAUGAAAAGAUAUAUUUUUUUAAAAUAAGCAACCGUUUUGUCUCUUUGGGAUUUGUUGAAAAAAAAGUUUCAUGUCUUUUUUUUAUUUUUUAUAAACUGGCUACAAUUCUAUGAAAUGCAAGAUUCAUAAAUGCUGAGUCAAUAAACAUCUGGAGGCUGGGUGGAGAAAUGCUA